AUGCUCCGCGCCGUGCUCUUAUUCUCCAUUCUUCUGGCUGUAUGCGCCGCCCAGAAACUGAUCGAUCUCAAGAGUUUCCGUGGGCGAAGUGUGCAGAAUGCGAUUGACACGCAGGCUCAGUACGCGAUCUACGUGUCGGCCACGUCGGACAGCCAACAACUCCUCGACAACAUCUUCGUCGUCACCGACGAUGGAGCAAGUAUUUCGUAAGUGAGCGAUGGCCGAAGACUAUUGUAGACUAACGUUUAGGCUGUACAAGUUGAAAAACAAAAAGUUAUUGCAAACCUCUGGACAGCUCCAACCGUACGUCGUGACAAAGUCCGCGUACGUGACCACAAGUCUGACUGAUGACCAGAUGAACACGCUGAGCGGAUUUAUGUUUGUUAGCAGCGCCAAGCAGCUCACCAACAGUUAGUACUCGAUGCUUUUAAUAAUUUCCAGUGCAAGUAUUGUCACUUUGCAGAUAUGUUCUACGUGAUUGAUGUGGAUAAGAGCCAGACUGUCAAUCUUCAAGGCCUCGGAGCGGUCGACUCAACCGUUCUCUUCAUGAACUCGAAUAUCCGAACGGCUCCGUAUCACUCUUCAGUGAUCAGUGCUUGGAAACAGGACGGAUCCGCGCUCGCCUCGAUCUAUCGGGGAGUCCCAUCGGAUACGGAUGAGCCCAAGGACUCGCAGAUCUUCUCGAACCCGAUGCACACGCAGACCUUCGAUAGAUUCUUCCCGACCGUAGAGAAGUUCUCUCUGAGUCUUGGCGCUUUCUACCUCAAGACCUAUAAGGGAGUGUCUUUCGUCAUUGAGCCCGGAUACUGUAGGUCACCAAAAAUAGGUUCAUAAACGAUCCUCUUAAUUACAGUCGACGUUGACAGAGGAACCACGUCAAGUUACACCACAACUGGAUUCUUCAUGAAGGCUGUGAACCAACUCGAUCGAACAGUCACAAUCAAAACAAUGAGGGACACCCGGUACAAUGGAAGCACUGGGGCAAAUGUAACCAACUUUUCACUUCUUUUCGUUCCAAUCGCAUAAUAUUCAGACAAUCGGAGAUCUUCCAUCCGGAGGAAAAGUGUCCGUUGGCGCCUACGACGGAGCAACCGGUUACUCCAUUUCUUUCCCGCCAUCCGACUCGAUCUUCUUCUGGCAGACACCGAACAUUGGACUAACGUUCCAAGGAUCCUCGACAAACGGCCAGGCCGGAGAGUACUUUGUGCAGUACUUUGUAGUUCGUGAGUGAAAUCACCGAAACGUCGAAGUUUGAAAUUCGGAGGUCUUCAGAAGGAACGCUGUACUCGGCAACUACUCUCGGCCCCGUACCGACUCUUCCCGGACGCCAAACGACCGCCCAUUCCGGACACGUUGAGACAACUACGAGGUCAGCGACAGCACUUCAAAUCUUCAUUUCUCUCGCUAUUGUCGGUGCUCGAUACUUUUGAUCUUUCAUCUCCAAUGGGUUCUUCUAUUUCAAUGAAUACUAUUUCCAACUUAUCAAUCGUGUCUCAUUUUUUAUCAGUCUGAUUGUGAAACUCAAAAACCUAGAACCAUAUCAUUUUUAUUGCAGCAUGUAAAAAUGUGCAUUAAAACUUGUCCGAAUUUGUCCACACGGCCGGUUGAUCGGUUAAAAUGAAGAGGGAGAUUAGAUUUGUCUGGAAAAUCGCAAAUCUUCUAGAGUACAGAUCUUUUUCACGUCUUCUAGUAGUGUGUCGUCUCGGCGAGAAAUUUUUGAAAAAUCUCGGUGUCUCGCCCUUGUGUCGUCUCGGUUUUUUCUCGUCUCGGUCUCGUCUCGUUCCAUUAUCAUCUCGGUCUCGCCCUUUCUCGGUUCUGUCUCGGUCUCGUCCAGUCUCGUCUCGCCGUGUCUCGGUCGUCUCGCCGUCUCGCCCUUUCUCGUCUCGCCGUGUCUCGGUUCUGUCUCGGUCUCGCCCUUUCUCGUCUCGCCCUUUCUCGGUCGUCUCGCCGUCUCGCCCUUUCUCGUCUCGCCGUGUCUCGGUCGUCUCGCCGUCUCGCCCUUUCUCGUCUCGCCCUUUCUCGGUCGUCUCGCUGUCUCGCCCUUUCUCGUCUCGCCCUUUCUCGGUCGUCUCGCUGUCUCGCCCUUUCUCGUCUCGCCCUUUCUCGGUCGUCUCGCUGUCUCGCCCUUUCUCGUCUCGCCCUUUCUCGGUCGUCUCGCUGUCUCGCCCUUUCUCGUCUCGCCCUUUCUCGGUCGUCUCGCCGUCUCGCCCUUUCUCGUCUCGCCCUUUCUCGCACCUCCAAAAUGUCUCGUUCUUUUCUCGGUGUCUCGGUGUCUCGUCCGAUUAGAAAGUUCAUUUCAUUUUUGAAAGAGUACUUCCAUUUCUUCGCAGAAAAUACACGUAUCCAAUGCAUAUUUUCUGAUACAUUUUCAUUAAAAAAGUACACCGCGUACAGUGUCCACUGUCUUAUUCAGCCACACAGGUGGGCUGAACGAACGAACCGGGUUUUGGAAUAGAGGCAAAGAACAAAAUCUUUUUCCAGCAUUGCAAUGCGCAAGCGAGUUGUCUUUUUUUCUUUUUUCAAUUGAAAACCGGAAUUCUUUCGUUUUUCUCUUAAUAAACACUCAAAUUUUGUUCUUUGUGAACCGUAGGGGCGAUUGUCCAAGUUAAAAGCAUCGAUUUAAGCGCGAAACGGAGCAGAUUCGUUCAGAAUUGACCAAAUUGAGGGAUUUCGUCGAACGUUUCGAAAUUGAUGACGAAGCAGUUAACAUUUUAUAACGAACAAGAGGGAACAUUGAAAGGGAAUAUUUCAUAGGGCUUUCAUAGGGAAGAACUGAAUAGGAUUGAAAUGGUACACGAUAAAAUUAGGGAAAUUCUAGAGAGUCGUCGCUGUUCACAUCUGGAAGAGGAGUUGGCACACUUUUCUUCGUUUUCGGAGGCAUCGGUUUUUUUGACUUCGGCAACUUCUUAUGUACAUUUGUACGGAGGCGCAGUUUCGAUGUCCCCGGCUGGCUCGAAUUUUCCAAUCUCAACUCUAGCCUGGUCGAACAGACGAUUUCAGGCGCCUGUUCGACCAGCCUAUUCAACACGACUGAAUAUCCAGGUGACUAAGAUACGCGGUGUACUUUUUUAAUGAAAAUGUAUCAGAAAAUAUGUCAAAAAUUGUAACAAAUGACAGAAAUUGAGGUCGAAUGCGUUGGAUACGUGUAUUCGAAACGAAACGAACGUUUCGAAACGUUCGACGAAAUCCCUCAAUUUGGUCAAUUCUGAACGAAUCUGCUCCGUUUCGCGCUUAAAUCGAUGCUUUUAACUUGGACAAUCGCCCCUACGGUUCACAAAGAACAAAAUUUGAGUGUUUAUUAAGAGAAAAACGAAAGAAUUCCGGUUUUCAAUUGAAAAAAGAAAAAAAGACAACUCGCUUGCGCAUUGCAAUGCUGGAAAAAGAUUUUGUUCUUUGCCUCUAUUCCAAAACCCGGUUCGUUCGUUCAGCCCACCUGUGUGGCUGAAUAAGACAGUGGACACUGUACGCGGUGUACUUUUUUAAUGAAAAUGUAUCAGAAAAUAUGCAUUGGAUACGUGUAUUUUCUGCGAAGAAAUGGAAGUACUCUUUCAAAAAUGAAAUGAACUUUCUAAUCGGACGAGACACCGAGACACCGAGAAAAGAACGAGACAUUUUGGAGGUGCGAGAAAGGGCGAGACGAGAAAGGGCGAGACGGCGAGACGACCGAGAAAGGGCGAGACGAGAAAGGGCGAGACAGCGAGACGACCGAGAAAGGGCGAGACGAGAAAGGGCGAGACAGCGAGACGACCGAGAAAGGGCGAGACGAGAAAGGGCGAGACGGCGAGACGACCGAGACACGGCGAGACGAGAAAGGGCGAGACCGAGACAGAACCGAGACACGGCGAGACGAGAAAGGGCGAGACGGCGAGACGACCGAGACACGGCGAGACGAGACUGGACGAGACCGAGACAGAACCGAGAAAGGGCGAGACCGAGAUGAUAAUGGAACGAGACGAGACCGAGACGAGAAAAAACCGAGACGACACAAGGGCGAGACACCGAGAUUUCUCGCAUUUUUGCGAGACGAGUCUCGACGAGACGACACACUAUCUUCUACUAUACUUUGGAGUACUGUAG